AUGGACCUACUAGCUUUACUACUUGUUACCGCAAUUUGCUCAGUAAUUAUUCCGUCUUCUUUUGCUCAAUCAUCCUGCCUCCAGUGCACCCCGGAAACGGCCGGCUGUGCGGAUGGCACCCUACAAGCGGUGUAAUGUCAGACGGAUGACAAUUGCUUCUCACGCACCAUCACCAGCGGCUUCGAGCUGGAACGGGGCUGCUUGAGUUCACUUCCUGCCGACGAGCAGGAGCGAUGCCUCGAUGCAACCGAUCCGAGUUGCACCGUAUGCUCCGGAGUUGGCUGCAAUCGGGAACGUUGGCAUCGCUGUCAGCAGUGCUCUCGGACAACCAACAACGGAUGCUAUGCGGCACCCAAGAGGGUGCUUUUUUGUCGCAAUUAUAGUGCAACUAACGGAUGUUUUGCGAAGCUUGUGGGAGAUAAUUUGAUUCGAGGCUGUCAAUCGGAUGUGGAAGAGCAACAAAACCCUUGUUCGAAGAACAAAUACUGCGUCGCGUGUAGUGUUGAUGCGUGCAAUGAUCAGUCGUACGAUCAGUUGAAGGAUGUUACGAGAUGCAUUCAGUGCAAAGAGGGUGAGUUUCGAUGCGUCGAUGGAAACCCGACGAAUGCUGAGUGCGAUGACCGAGAGGAUAAAUGCUAUAUCAAGAUGUGGAAAGAAGGAGAACUGGAUCGUGGUUGCCUGAAGAAACUCUCCCCAGAGGAACAGGAUCGGUGCAACGAUGAAUCCGACAGGAGCUGUUACAGCUGUACGGGACGACAGUGCAAUACCCACCGGUGGUUAAAAUGUUUCCACUGCAGCCCAGGAGUGAACGCCACCUGCGAGGAGGAACAAACCAACACGACGCUGUCGUUCUAUUGUGCCGACUUUCAGUUGGGUGACGAGUGUUACGCUAAAAUGGAUAAUUUCGAAGUAACUCGUGGUUGUGUUUCGGAUUUGGGAUUCUAUGUAGACCCUUGCCAGGGGAAUCCGAAGUGCUUGAAAUGCUCUUCGGACGGAUGCAACUCUAUGUCGGAGGCCUACAUUAAAGACGCACCCAACCAAAAGCCUACAAAGCUGUCCUACAAAAUUUCAUGAUUUAACAUUUACCCCACACUGCUCUAGAGAAAAACUUCUUUUUAGCUACUUCCAAAUAAAGGAACAACUCUUACCAUUGUUUUUUUUUUUAAUAUUAUUAUCGCUAGUAUAGUUUGCGUUAUCCUCAAUUAGUC